GAUUUUUUUCUAGACUAGUAUAUCAUUUCUUUGUUAUUGUGCCUCUGCGAGUCACGAGUCCUGGUUCCGCCACUGCCGGUCACGGUAACACUGACCAAACAACAGUGACAGUGACCACGGCCGGUCAUUGCUGCCAGGCACCUCUGAACACCACCAUCAAGUGACAGUCAUUUACAUAAUUUUUUCUGACGACCGCCACUCGUCUCUCGGCCGCCCCUGCUACCACCAGUCCCAUUCAUCCUCCUCCAGUCCCAACUAGCCCCCCACCAGUCCCCACUGACGCCCACCUCGCCCCCACCAAUGCCCACCGCGACCCCACCAGGCCCCACCGAUGACCACCGCAGCCCCACCAACCCCCACUGAUGCCCACCACGACUACACAUGCCCUCCCGUGGCCACACCAACCCUACCACCGGCCAUUAACCUACGAAUAGCAUUCGUUGCCAUAGAUAUAGAUCUGAAACUACCGUCAUUCAUAGCCUUCGUCACUCCCCGGUCGCAAUCGCCUUUGCUACCAGUCGUUGGUGCCACUACAUGUCUACCUUCAACACAAUCGGACAGAAAAGAAAAGAAAAGAAGAAGCGGUACGGAUAGCGAGGCGGUGGCGGCGAACGCGAAGAAGAUGACGAUUUCGGCUGGCAGUUGUGGCGGAGAACGAAGCUACGAAGCUGGACGUUUGCGGCUAGCAACAUGGACGGAGAACUGCGCAGGGGGGCUUGAAGAAAAUAUGAGGGAUUUGGGAUUUUUUAUUUUUUUUUAGGAUUUAUAUGAGUGCAUUUCAGUCUCUAAUUAAUUCAGAGCCCGUUUGGCAACACGAAAAUCGGCUGUUCUGGCUGAUUCUGCUGAAAUUUAUGAAGUUCUGGCUAAAGUGGCUGCAUUGGCUGAUUCUGCUGAUACAAGAAAAAAAUAUUUUUAAAAUAUAUUUUAUUAAUAAAAUAAAGAAAAAAUUAUAUGUAAAAAUAGCUAAAAUUGUCAUCUACAGUAACAUCAGCCAAUACAGCCAGAAAAGUAACUACAACCUUACUUUUUCGGCUUAUUACACAAUUCAGUGCGCGAAAGCAAAAUUUACGUGUUUGAUAAAAAAGUUGGCUGAUAAGUCUGAUAAGCCGAAAAUGAGGGUUGCCAAACGGCCUCUCAGUCUCUUUCUGUCCUAAAUCAGACCCGGGUCUUAUUAUUGUCUAUUCAUAAGCCGAAGCUAUUACUUACGUAGUAUGAGUUUUUAUAUAAAUAUUACUAAUCGUAUAAGGGUUUACGUAAAUAUGACUAAACUAAGAAACACGUACGCUGGAGUUUUAGUAAUGCAGGGAAAUGACAUCGAUGCCCUGAAACGGUUAUGGAAACGGCUAAAUUUCAGGAAUUGAGCGCAUAAACAGGUAACCUACGAAGGGUGUAUUCCUAAACAUGCGAUAAAACACAGUUCUAGGGGCGAUCGUCUGAGGUUCCGAAGGUGAAGAAGAGACGGAUUUUGCAGGUUGGCUCCUCUGUUUAGCAAGUUCUUGAGCAUGAAUAUGAUAUCAUUUGGUUUGCGGUUGAUGUUCAUCCAGUAAUUAAGAUUGAGAAAUGAAUGUAAAGCAUGUAAAUAGGAUUACGAUCAUGAGUUCAGAAAAUGGUGUUUUUAGUAAUGACGCGUGGUAAUGACUAAACAAGAGGUAUGUAAUAUGGUAGAGAUGUAUUGGUAGUGAUUUUGCAAUAAUGAAUCGAGUGUAAUGAUUAACAAAUAAAUCUGAUAUUUAAAAAGUUACUAAUGCAUUAGGAUAAACAAUCAUGCCGUGUAGUACCUGAUAAGACUUAGAGUUUAAGUUUGUGUUGUACGUUCAUGAAAUUAAGAUGCAGAAAUGUAGUCUUGUACAACCUUUCAUGACUGGUUGUACGUGAGAAGAUAGUUUGGAAGUACUUUCAAUGAUUUGUAGGGGUUUUAUUUUUGUGCGGUACCGAUGGUGAGGUCGUGGUAGAUUAGUACGUAAUGAUUUGGUGUUUACUUUUAUUGUUUAAGUUUAUGUGGUUUACUAUUGAAGCUAGUAGUGGUUUCAUGUUACCAGUCAUGACUGUUAGUACCUGAGAGGAAAGAUUGCAAGUAGUGCAUAUGUUUUGUAAAGGUUGUAUUUUGUGUGGUAUAGAUGAUCAUUUUUUGGUAAUGAAGUAAUAAUUUGGUGUGGAGUUGAGGUAAUGAAGUAUUGCACCUGAGUUGGUAGUAAUGCGUUGGGUGUAAUGAUGCAUGUAAAUGUCAAUGGUCGUGGUAGACUAUGGACUUUUUCACCAGCCUCUUGUACGUCUGUAGGGAGCAUAACAUCAAAGUUAGUUAUUAAUACUGUCAUAGUUAGUAGCAGGGAGGAAAUAAAUGUACACUUACAUGCUUAGGUUUAUGAGUGGAUGGGCCUUUCACGGAUGACCGCAAAAAUGGUGUUGAAGAUGCCGGAGGUGUAGUGAAAUCAUCAUUGUCUUCCAUGCUCUGAUUCACAAAAACAUAGAAGUAAGAGCAGCAUUGAAAAGUAGUUUACUUUAUUCUUCUUUUUCUAUAAUUUUUCUUUCCUGACUUUACUUCAUAAUGUAUUGUAGUUACUAACUGUUUUGUCAAGGAAGAACAUCAAUUCCAG